AUGGACAACCGCCCACCCACCCCCACCUACGUAACCCUGAACCACGGCUGGUACGACUACUUCAUCCACCGCCUCGAGGAGGGCGGGUACCGGUACUAUCUUGUCGUCGGCGCGCAAUACAUCUUCUGGGCGUUCCCGCCGUGGCCGGACGCGCCCAUCGUGGCGGUGGUCGUGCAUGCGGACAAGAUGGAGGAGUUGAUCGGGUGGCUGCUCUCGCUGGGGUUCGUGUCGUGCCUCGGCUGCGGGCGCCGGCAGGUCGGACGCCACUUUCACAUCCAGGACUGUCCUAGUGGGGAGCUGGAGCUGGUGCUGUAUGUGCUCACCGAGACGGAGCAGCUGGAUCUGGCUGCAGGCCGGGAGGAUCGCGAUGCGGAUUCCCCGGGUGCGAGUAUGAUUCGGGGCCCGAGAGGGGCUCCAGGGUCGGGUUCCAUGCCCUGGCGCUGUUUUGACUUCGCUCGUGGCUCGUUGAAGUCGAGAGACAAAUGA